AUGGAGACCAUCAAGAACGCCGCCAACUACGUCUCUGAGUCCAUCCAGGGUGCCGGUGCCACCGCAUCCAAGGAGGGCAACAAGAACGUCGCUAAGGACAGCAACGCUUCCCUCAGCACCCGAGCCCAAGCCGCCGGUGAUGCCGUCUCAGACAAGUUCGACGAGCAGGCUCACAACCGAAAGGCCGAUGUUCACAACGAGGCCGCUAAGCACUAA